CCUGGCUUGCUUCAUUCUUCUCACGUUCCCUUUGGCCUUGAUCACUUCCCCUGCCUUGAGAUUCCUUUUUGUCACCCUCGUUUACUUGGGCACUGUGGAGGAUCCCUACGCUCCUAUAUUGAUUGUUACGAUACUAUAUAUCUUCCCCGGGCCAUUAAUUGCCCCCACCCCCUUUAUCCACGGUAGGUGAAAGAUGUACGACACCGCGGUGCCUCUUGACCUCAGUUACAUGAACCAAGCAUCUCUACCGCGCCAUUACGAGUCAGACGAGGAGGAGAUUUCCGAGUCAGAGACUUGGGGACAAGAACACACCUUCUCCCCAAUUGAUUCCUUCAAGCUUGCGGGAACCUUGGAUUUCAACAUGAUCACGGAUGAACGAUCAAGUGUCAACCUGGGCGAAUCCGGGAUAGAGAGACCGGUUGUGCCUCGUCUUCUCUCGCCGUUCCCGUCUACGGGGAAACCAUCGCGACCUGUAUCGAUGGACACAGUGAAGCGUAGUAGCUGCGCGACAUUUGUGACGGAUUCUUAUAUUUUUGAUAACGACGACGAUAUGAUCAUUGAACUCCCGUCUCCGAAUUCAACUACUCCUCUUCAAUCGCCUCUCUUCUUGCAGCCAACAGUAUAUGUGCCCUCCGAACCAUUUACCUCGCCCAUCAACUCUUCUUCACGAUCCUCAUCGCCUUCAUCAUUCUACUCGGAUAAUGAGAGCGAUAUCUUCAUUGCAGAACAGGUCACUUACGUGGAACCUACUGCGAAACCUAAUCUAAUUCUAAUCAGCCCUGUCUCAGAGCAGUCCUCUCCAAGAGAAGACACCAUUCCGCAGCCAUCUCUUGGAUCGUUCUAUUCUCUUGACCAAGCAGCGAAAUCGCAACCUCUACUAGGCGAAACAAGCAUGAAUCGGGGCCGUUCUAGGUAUUCAGCCCGUCCAAUGCGUGGUCCCUUCCAGAUGAGUCUGAGCGGCCUGGAGACUGCAGGAUAUGCACUGAGCCCCAAAGAUAUCUCUGAGCCUGCCAGUGCGACAGCCGCUGAGAUGGCUCAGUCGAUGUCACUGCGCCAUCGAUCCAUGACCUUCUCCCGGCCGCAGACUUCGUUUGCUGAGAGUGGGCCGUUCUUGGGAAUGCGCUCUCGGCUGCAGAAAGAUCAAUCAUGCCGCCCUCCAUCCGCACAAAGCGCGGCCACGUUCUCGUUGUUCCCAUCUACGCACCCGUUCCCUUUCGCUAGAGACGACCAUCGCAGCCGGUCGAUCUCUUACUCCCACUCCGCGGCUAGCUCGGAGUAUUCACUUUCAUCCCAGACCAGUCAGCCGGUUUCUCGAACACCCAGCCCAACCCCAUAUUACUCGAAUCCCUUCCACCGGAGCCGCUCCGGUUCUAUCUAUAGUGUCUCCAGCGUUCCCGCCGCUCACGCACCGCGACCACCACUCCCCUAUCGGGGUUCUCUAAUCAAGGGCUCUAGUAGCCUCAGCGGAUACUCCGCCAGCAGUCUGCGGUCAGAAAUCGAGAAUAGUUCCGCCGUCGACCCGCAGCAACGGGCUGAGACGGAAUUCAAAUCGAAAUCGCGACGCAAGAAGAGUCUGAAACAGAUCCGGACCUCACACUCGAAAGCGGAGAAUUCCGAUUCCUCAACGACCAAGAGCUUUGUGGACUUUAUGUUACGAGGAAAGCGAAAAUCCACGAUUAAAAAUUUCUAAUGUUUAAUCUUGUCAUUAUUGAACCUCUCCAACUGCUGCAUUGCAUGAAGAUUUUUACGAACCAUCCUCUGAAGUGAUCUUUUUGGCUUGACCAUGCAGUGUCUGUUCCUGUUUUAUGCAGAGGAUUCUCUAUUGAAGUUCCCAACUGUAUCUUUGAUCAGUUUUUUUUUCUUUUUUUCUUUUUUUUUUUUCCUCCUGCGGCAACCU